AUGAUCCUGCAGCAGUGGCAACUAAUUUUGGCUUUGGAAUGCAUCCUUCUACAUAUCUCUAACCAGUCUUCGAUUCCAAAGAGAAAGUGUGCAUUCCAAGUGAAUCCAUUGAACCCACAAAACAACAUAUAUACAACUGCUGGCAAUGUGAGUGGCUCGGUGCAGCUUUGUGAAAACACGUCCUGCUGUGUCGGCUAUUUUCUAGUCAACAACAGCCAGCCAGAGGUUGACAUUCUUGCUUGUGAUAUAGUUGAAAAGAUUUGCCCAGAUGCAACCUGCAGGCCACAAACACGCUUUAGCAACCGUGUCAUUAAAUGUGUGUGCAACACAGACCUCUGCAAUAGUAACAUCACCUGGACCCCGGAGCCCAAAGAGCUUCAACUUGCUUCUGUAGAGGAGAGCCACCAAGCCUCCCCUCAUGAUUCACAUGUCUCACCACUGUGUUCCUGCCUAACAUCAAAAGCUGCAGAGAUUGACAUUGCUGACGUUGAACUACAGCAGACUGUAGCCCAUGGACAUUUUGCCACCGUUUGGCAGGGGAAGUACAAGGGAUCCGUGGUGGCAGUGAAAGUUAUCCCUACAAGCUCGAAACGUCAUUUUAUCACAGAGAAGGAGGUUUAUGAACUCCCAUUGUUGAAGCAUGCUGGGAUUGCCCACUUCCUGGGCACUGCGAGGAAACCAAAUGGUGACAGUUGGCACACAGUCCUGGAAUUUGCUGAAUAUGGUUCUCUCCACUCCUUUUUGUGUAAGCACACCACCAGCUGGAUGUUGUCACUGAAGCUGUGCCAGUCUUUAUCACAGGGACUUUCCUAUCUCCACUCUGACCUUCACAGCAAUGAUGUGCAUAAACCUCCAGUGGCCCACAGAGACCUCAGCAGCUUCAAUGUGCUUGUGAGAGCAGAUAGUACUUGUGCCCUGAGUGAUUUUGGUUGCUCCACCAUCCUGCGUUCAUGUUCUGGGCCUCGGCAGCAACAGAGCUGCAUAAGAAACACAGUGGCCCAUGCUCAGGUAGGCACUUUGUGCUACAUGUCUCCUGAGAUUCUGGAAGGCUCUGUAAACCUACACAGUGGCUGGUGUCUGCAGGGGGACAUCUAUGCUUUGGGACUGUUGUUGUGGGAGAUUUGGAUGCGCUGCUCUGAUUUAUUUGAAGGCCGUAUUGCUCCACAGCAUCUCAUGCCUUAUGAAUCUGAGCUGGGAGUCAGCAUGACACUGGAGAACCUCACCUGGUACGUGUUUCACUUGGAAAAGAGACCCUCCAUACCUGACAACUGGGAACUGCUACCUCAGGGAUCUGUGCUGCAGGAGCUACUGAGCGAGUGUUGGGACAGUGACCCGGACGCCAGGCUGACAGCUCGGUGUGUUGCGGACAGAUUAGUCUCCCUUCAAUCUUGUCACUCCUUAUGA